CACAUACACAGUUGUACCGCACCAGCAUCAUCCGACAUGGACAAGCCGACCCCAAAAAAGGUCCAGCCUAUCAGCUCCGAACGCGUGGGUCCCGCCAACGACUCGGAUUCUUCCCACCCUCAAGAACCCGAAACUCAAGUCUUGGUCUUCCACACCAUUUUCAUUUCUGAAGCUCAAACCCUCCUCCCAUGGAGUUCCCGUACAGAAAGCUCAUCCUCUUCCUCUCAAUACUCUCUCUCUCCACCCUUUCGGCCCUCUCUCACUCCCCCUUCUCCCCCGUAGACAACUUCCUCGUCGACUGCGGGUCCACCGUGGGCUCCACCGUCGACAAUCGCCUAUUCGUUCCCGACUCGGCCAAGCGCGACUCGUCUCUGUCCUCCUCUACCCGCUCCAUCACACUCAGAAAUGAAAACCCACCUCCCAAUUCGCCCCAAAUCUACAGCACGGCUAGGGCUUUCAGGCGACCUUCCAAGUACAAGUUCCUGAUCCGGGACGAAGGGACCCACAUGGUACGCCUCCAUUUUCAGACCUUUAAUUCUUUGAAAUUCGAUUGGAACAACUCUCAAUUUCAUGUCUUGGUUAAUGGGUUUGUGGCUUUGGCCGACUUUAGAGCAGGGGGUGUACAAAGCCCCAUAGUUAUGGAGUUCUUGAUCUGGGUUAGUACCGGAAAGCUUGUAAUUGAGUUUGUUCCUGCUGAAAAAUCAAACUUUGCGUUUGUGAAUGCGAUUGAGGUUAUAUCUGCGCCUAAGGACCUUGUUGCUGAUACGGCAAAGUUUGUGAGUUCUGAUAAAGUUGAGGAUUUUAAUGGGUUAGCUAAGCAAGCGCUUCAAGUUGUGCAUAGGGUCAAUGUGGGGGGUUCUAAAGUGACGCCGUUUAAUGAUUCUAUAUGGAGGACUUGGAUUACUGAUGAUGAGUAUUUGGAACCGAAUUCGGGGUCGAAAAGGGUGUAUUUUGGUGGCCGGAUCAAGUAUCAGGAUGGAGGGGCUAGCCGGGAAGUUGGCCCUGAUAAUGUUUAUAACUCUGCCAGAGUGAUUCAUAGCACAAAUGCUUCAAUCCCCAAGGUCAAUAUGACAUGGGUGUUUCCUGCCAUUGCAGGAUAUAAGUAUCUGGUUAGGAUGCAUUUCUGUGACAUUGCUAGUAUUUCCAUCGGUUUGCUGUAUUUCAAUGUGUAUGUGAAUGGGAAUUUGGCAUAUGAGAAUCUGGAUCUAUCUAUGGCUUCCAACUACAUAUUGGCAUCUCCGUUCUAUGCGGAUUUCGUGGUUGAUGGAGACGAUUCGGGUGUUCUUAGGGUAAGUGUAGGACCAUCGAAUAUGAGUGUACCUUACGCCAUUGAUGGUGUUUUGAAUGGUAUUGAGAUCAUGAAGCUGAAUAACUCAAUGGGGAGUCUUGAUGGAGAUUAUUGUGCAGGGUGGGUUUUGAGGAACUGGCCAAGUGGACAUGUUGGUUUUGUGGUUCCUCUGGUUGCUGCUGCCUGUUUGCUGCUAAGUAUAUCUUUGGUUAUGCGAAGGAAGAUGAAUGCCGAGGGUUUUGUGGCAUGGUCGAGACUGCCCAUGGAUGUUUCAGAAGCUAAUGCCAAGCAUGGCAAUGCACACCCAUCAAGUUAAAUAGGACAGCAAUAUAGGAUCAAUAAGUACCAGCUGAUGUUUUGUAAUUCUAAGUUUUAAGUUUGAAAAGGAGUGUUGUAUUGCUAUUCUAUAGGCUGUAUGAAACAGUAUGAAAUGUAAAGAUACUUAUGUGUUUGCUUAUGCAGUGAAUAUAUCAGAUCAACCCGGUUUUAACCGGACCAUUUCACGAAACCA